GGCAAACUGGGAAAGUGGUGUCGUGUGCUGGCUCCGCCCUCUUCCCGAGGGUGGGGGAGAACGGUAUAUAAGUGCGGUAGUCGCCUUGGACGUUCUUUUUCGCAACGGGUUUGCCGUCAGAACGCAGGUGUUGUGAAAGCCACCGCUAAUUCAAAGCAAAAAUGGGAAAGGAAAAGACUCACAUCAACAUCGUCGUAAUUGGACACGUAGAUUCCGGCAAGUCCACCACAACCGGCCACCUGAUCUACAAAUGUGGUGGAAUCGACAAAAGAACCAUCGAAAAGUUUGAGAAGGAGGCUGCGGAGAUGGGAAAAGGCUCCUUCAAGUAUGCCUGGGUCCUGGACAAACUGAAAGCUGAGCGUGAGCGUGGUAUCACUAUUGACAUCUCCCUGUGGAAAUUUGAGACCAGCAAGUACUAUGUGACUAUCAUUGAUGCCCCAGGACACAGAGACUUCAUCAAGAACAUGAUUACAGGCACAUCUCAGGCUGACUGUGCUGUCCUGAUUGUUGCUGCUGGUGUUGGUGAAUUUGAAGCUGGUAUCUCCAAGAACGGGCAGACCCGUGAGCAUGCUCUUCUGGCUUACACUUUGGGUGUGAAACAGCUAAUUGUUGGUGUCAACAAAAUGGAUUCCACCGAGCCACCAUACAGUCAGAAGAGAUACGAGGAAAUCGUUAAGGAAGUCAGCACCUACAUUAAGAAAAUUGGCUACAACCCUGACACAGUAGCAUUUGUGCCAAUUUCUGGUUGGAAUGGUGACAACAUGCUGGAGCCAAGUGCUAAUAUGCCGUGGUUCAAGGGAUGGAAAGUCACCCGCAAAGAUGGCAGUGCCAGUGGCACCACGCUGCUGGAAGCUUUGGACUGCAUUCUGCCGCCAACUCGUCCAACUGACAAGCCUCUGCGACUGCCCCUCCAGGAUGUCUAUAAAAUUGGCGGCAUUGGCACUGUCCCCGUGGGCCGAGUGGAAACUGGUGUUCUCAAACCUGGCAUGGUGGUUACCUUUGCUCCAGUCAAUGUAACAACUGAAGUCAAGUCUGUGGAAAUGCACCAUGAAGCUUUGAGUGAAGCUCUGCCUGGGGACAAUGUAGGCUUCAACGUAAAGAACGUGUCUGUCAAAGACGUUAGACGUGGCAAUGUUGCUGGUGACAGCAAAAAUGACCCACCAAUGGAAGCAGCUGGCUUCACUGCUCAGGUGAUUAUCCUGAACCAUCCAGGCCAAAUUAGUGCUGGCUAUGCUCCCGUUCUGGAUUGUCACACGGCCCACAUAGCAUGCAAGUUUGCUGAGCUUAAAGAGAAGAUCGAUCGUCGUUCUGGUAAGAAGCUGGAAGAUGGCCCCAAAUUCUUGAAGUCUGGUGAUGCUGCCAUUGUUGACAUGGUCCCUGGCAAGCCCAUGUGUGUUGAAAGCUUCUCUGACUACCCUCCACUUGGUCGUUUUGCUGUUCGUGACAUGAGGCAGACAGUUGCUGUGGGUGUCAUCAAAGCCGUGGACAAGAAGGCUGCAGGAGCUGGCAAAGUCACCAAGUCUGCCCAGAAAGCUCAGAAGGCUAAAUGAAUAUUACCCCUAACACCUGCCACCCCAGUCUUAAUCAGUGGUGGAAGAACGGUCUCAGAACUGUUUGUCUCAAUUGGCCAUUUAAGUUUAAUAGUAAAAAAGAAUGGUUAAUGAUAAUAAUGCAUCGUAAAACCUUCAGAAGGAAAAGAAUGUUUUGUGGACCAUUUUUUUUUUGUGUGUGGCAGUUUUAAGUUAUUAGUAUUCAAAAUCAGUACUUUUUAAUGGAAACAACUUGACCAAAAAUCUGUCACAGAAUUUUGAGACCAUUAAAACAAGUUUAAUGAGAAGUCUGUGUUGGUCAAUGCUGAAAGUUAACUGUAUGGGGUCCCCAUGGUAUGUUCUAGGGAUCGGGUUCUGGUCAUCUGGCAUGACAGCAGUUACCUCCCCAGGACUGAGCUAUUUCAAAGGCCAUUUUUCAAACUGUAAACUCAUCCUUAAAAAUCCUACUGGUUAGGACAAAUGCCAUUUAGAUGCAUGAACCCAAGGUGGUAUAGUUGGGCAGACAUGGGUUCUACAGCUCAAUCGGUCUGGAACUGCAGUAGGUCAGACUGUUAAACAUACAGCUAAAUUUGCUAAAAUUUAGCUGUGUGCUUAUCACAUAGGAUUACUGACUGCACUGUUGGUGGAUAUUGGAAGUGAAGCAAGGUUGGAGGAUUAAUGAGUUCAGUUACAUGACUAAGGUUAAAUGUGAAUAGCUGAACAGGUUAAGUCCAAAGUGGCUAAGCAAAAGGCUCUUACAGAAUGAACUUGUCUAAUACGGUGUAAAACAGGCUGACUGUGAGGUGGUAUUUUAAUGGGACACCUCAACUGGAAAGAUCAGGGUGAAGGCUGUUCUUGAGAUUCAGGAAACUAGUAUUUAACAGAAUUUGGUCUAAUGGUUUGCAUGUUACAGUAACAGCACUUGAGUUGCCAGAAUAGCUAAUUGUGAAAUAAGUCCCAACAAGUCUGAAUGCUAACCUGAAGGAUGUGUGCUCGUAAGGCUGCAUGAAGCCCAUGUGAUCACAACAGGUGGCCUAAAUUUAGAUGAGAUUUGGCAAAAGUCUAAUAAACCCUUGGGAAUAUUUGACAUCCAA